UUAGCCAGUUUUCAGUAAAUAACAAACGGAGCAAGUUUUCUUCGUAAGGAAUAUCAAAAUCCAUACAAACGAAAAGCAAACAACUUUUAACCUUUAUUGAAGGCUGUCUUUGAAGCUUCCUUGUAAAGACAAAUCAAGCAGACAAAACCCUUUAUGUAUCUGUUUCUAAUUUGGGGUUUUUUCAGAAAUCUUGAUUCUUUGAGUGACCCUUUGUCUUCUCCACAAAAAGAGUCAUAUGGCCAGCCUCGGUGAUGGGGAGCAUCAAUGGUUAGAGAGAGUAAAAUCAGAGGGGGCUGUUCCACUACUUGAUCCAGAUAAUUGUUCAAAUGGCUGGGCAUCUCCACCUGGAGACUAUUUCAUGGUAAGAGGUCCAGAGUAUUUGACAACUAAGACUAAAAUCCCUGGUGGAGAAUAUCUUUUUAAGCCUCUUGGAUUUGACUGGAUUAAAGGGUCUAAUAAGAUUGCAGAGGUUUUGAAGAAUCAAAAAAACCGUGUGAGGAAGGUUAUUGAUGAAGAGUUUCCAGAUGGUGAUAAGCCUUUUGUUUGGGCAUUUAAUCUACAACUCCCAGGUAAGGACAACUAUAGUGCUGUGGCAUAUUUUGUAGCCACAGAGCCAUUUCCUGAGGGAUCUUUAGUUGAUCAGUUCUUGAAUGGUGAUGAUGGGUUUAGAAAUUCAAGGCUUAAACUGAUUGCCAACAUUGUCAAAGGCCCCUGGAUAGUAAGAAAGGCAGUCGGAGAGCAGGCUGUGUGCAUAAUUGGGCGUGCCCUUUCUUCCAAGUACUGUGUUGCAGAGAAUUUCUUCGAAGUGGAUGUGGAUAUCGGAUCUUCAAUGGUUGCAAGUGCAAUAGUUCAUUUGGCGUUUGGUUACAUCUCAAUGUUGACUGUUGACCUGGCUUUUCUCAUCGAGGCUCAAAGUGAGUCAGAGCUUCCAGAACGACUUUUAGGUGCCGUCAGAUUUUCUGAUCUAAACCCUGCUUGUGCUUCCUUAUAUGAACUGUCAUAUGGAAGUACUGAUAAUUUGCAGUCCUCAUUGCCGACUCGCUUAUGGAAGUCAAUUGGACAGGGGUUUUCUCAACUCCUUCAUCCCGUGCCAGGGGCUCAAGAAAAUAGUUCUGCCUCUGGCACAACCCAUGGUAAUGAAACUUCUGAGCUCAAAGAGGGAAGUGAAGACACAAAGAAAUGAUGAAUCAGAUACUCCUGGUGGACAGUGUAUAUGUGGUUGUUGGAGUAGCUUAAUCUAGAAGUCACAGAAUGAUUUAAGUGGUAACAAGUAUCCAAUGUCCACUGCAUUCAACUGCUUGGUUGCUAGUCCUAGUCGUGCCAUUUUAUUCUUUUGAUUUGUUGUAGUUUUGAAUAUACUAUAUGGGCGAGCAGUCAAUGAGUCGUUAUUUAUUGGCAAGUAUUAAAAUUGUUGAUAGCUUAUUCUGAUACAUUUGUAAUUCAAAAGUAUUAUUUCCACAAAAAGCUGAGUUGAAUUUGCCAA